AUGCGACAACAAUCAACUAAAGUUAUUCAGCACGGCGCCUUUACGGAAUGCCCGGAAUGGGCAUUCCGUAUACGGCUCCGCCUAGAGCUUAAGCUUAUCAAAGAAACAGUACAUGACGUGUCACAUCUUACAUCUACUGUUAAACUACGUCGAAGCCUUCCUCCAACGGUGAAACAGUCGCCAGUUCGAAGUAUCGUCCCCACAACGCAGAAAGUCGCGCUAUUACGUGUAGCCGGCCUGCGGGUCGUCAAGCCGCAGAAUAGCUUCGAAAGAUCGCACAAAGAUAGCGAGAUGGCAGAGAAGCUUUAG